CGAAACUUAGUUGAGGGAUUUCGUUUUUAAUUACUUUGUUUUAAAUCGGAAAGAAUUUAUUGACAGUGAAGUGUUUUGGAAGCAAAUUUAACUCUUUUCCUUUUUUCAGAAUUUCAUGCUCAGAUUAUUCGUAAUCAGCCCAACGGAGUGCGCAUACAAUGAUGAUCGACGUCAGAUUCCAGCCUGGCUGUUCCCCAGGACACAAACUAUUCUGCAACGAACGGGACUGCGAUGUCGCUCUUAACGUAGAGUGGGAAGGCCGGACAUAUUACUUUCCUGGGCAUAGUCUGAUUCUGAACACGAUGAGCGAUGUCUUUCGUACCAUGCUGGCAUCAGAUAUGGUGGAAGCGAACAGUAGAGUCAUCACCAUUCGAAACACCAAUCCCAAGACGUUCAAAGAAUUACUCAGGUAUAUUUACUUAGGAUCUGUGCAACUAAAUGAAUGGCUUGCUAUCAUGAAACUCUUGGAGCUAUCACACCAGUACAGAGUGCAGCCAUUGGUUAAUAUUUGCGAAAUAGCUCUUAUUGCUCGGCUUGGUUUCUCUAACGCUUGCACGCUAUAUGAAUUAUCUCAAACAUAUGCAUUAGAUAAUUUGAAAUCGGAAAGCGAGAUUCUGAUUUUAGAUGGUGCAUUCGUUGUCUCAACCACAGAGGAUUUCUACAGUUUGAAAGAAAAGAGCAUGGAACGUAUAUUGAAGCACAGGUGGUUUAACAUGGAGAACGAGGGGUCUGUUCUGUCGUGCUUGAAAGAAUGGGCAACUAAUGAAUGCUGUCGCAGAUGCAUGAAGCUAACUCGUGAGAAUAUCCUUUCGGUGAUGGAGCCGUUUCUUAAGUACAUUAUUUGGAGAAACAUACCGCACAAUGAACGAACGUUUGUUCCGAUUCACUUAGUGGAAAAAUACAGUGAUAUUGGACGAUUCAGAAAAUAUUUCAGAUUUCCAGCCAGUCUUCGAACUCGUAUUAAAGCCUUGAAAUUCAUCGUAGAACUUGGAGCGUUUCACACGGAACCAAACUGUCGCUUAGGACAAAUUGAAUGUCUGAAAUUUAAUGUUGAAAGUCACGUUUUUAUUGCUGGCUUUAAGAUAGUUGGCAUGUUUCAGAUGGAUAUUUCUUUUUUUGAAACUUCGGCCUUGAUCCUGGGAAGAGAAGGAAGCAAGACAGUUUUGCACUUCAAUUUCAACUCAUUACCUUGGACAGAUGGUCGUAAAUCAGGUAACUACACAUGGAGAGAAUUAGCGGCUUUCUUUCCAUAUCCAGUCAGAGUGGAUCCGUUCAGCAAUUAUGUAUUUAAAAUUAAUUACAGUAUGUUGCAUGUCAAGUGGCCGAAAACGCUUCAAGAAAAACCGGUCGUGUACACAGACGUUGGACCUCUUGGUUUUACUUCACUCUCUCAGUGUUAUGGUAUUACUCAGCUGUUUCUAUUACCAGCGACGCCUUCAAGGAGAAUCUGCAACGAUAUCGAGUCAUAAUGUUAUAAGCUUUACCAACCAUUUUGUGCAGUUAUACGGGUACUAGCUGAAACAUAUCUAUGCAGCGCUAAAGCUAUUAAAGAAAAGUCCAAUUUCGUUAUGCAUUUUAAAUGAGACAAGUUUGUUACAAAGAUGUUUAUAGUUUUAAUUGACGCUUACAAUGAAAAAUAUUUAGACGGAAAUUCACUAUGUGAAGAGUUUAUCACACCUGAGACUAUAUAAAAUUACGAAAAUGACUUCACUAAAGUGAACAUAUGUUAAUUGUUUAACUUGUGCUUUAUAAGUGACUUGAGUGGUUAACACUUUCCAUGGAAAACUUUGUAAAAAAAGAGAGAAUGUGGACUAUAGUUUUUAAUGGAAGAUGGUAAUUUUGCAUAUGGCAAAGACUACAGCUUGCGGACUAUGGCCUUUUAAUGAAAGGAAUGACAUUAGCAUAUGAUUAAAAAUUUACGAUUUAUAUGAAUUAAUACAAGUUGUAUAAAAUUAAGAUUUGUGUGCAAAUAAUUCUCAGAUCAAAUUUUUUAUAUACAAGCUAAUUAUUUAUGAAUUUUAUUUAAGUUUAUGCCGGAUUUUAUGCAUGUGCUUAAGUUGUUUCCAGCGAAAUGGAAUCUGUUUUUAUUCAACAUUAGAAACUGACUUUUGUAUUAUCAAAAGAUGUUCAAAAUUUUGUUAAGGAUUCUUCGUUUUAGAAGGGUUUUAAUAUCACAUGUUUUAAUUUAUGCUUUCAUUGUCCUACUCUGGCAAAAUUUUACUGUAUAUUUGGAAGCAAUUGUAAUAUCUUCGUGUUGUUUCUUAUGCUGCCUACUUAAUUACUUGUAUCCAAUAAUUUCCAGUUAUUAAAAAGUUUGA